UCUUUUAUUUACUCCAGCAUUUUCUAGUUUACAUUGUUUUAUUAAUAAUGUGACACUUUAUUUUCCUCAAAUUUACUAAAAAAUAGUAGUCAUUAAACAUGUGUAUAGAAUACAAAUUUUAUUGCACUUGCAAUAAUUGAUGCUAUGGCUGAAUAUUUUAGGCUUACCUGGUUAAUCCUUAACGGUGCAUAGUAUUUUCUUGAAGAGAAUAUUCAUCAUGAACUUGAAUUAUGUUAUUGUGGUUACUGUUUUAGAAGGAAAAAAUUUUCCUAACCGCCAUGACAAGUAUUUGGUUGUUGAUGCUAAAUUCGAUGGAGAAGUUAUGUCGACUGAUCCUGUAAACCAUGUUAUGCGUCCUUUUUUCAAUACAGAAUUGGGAUGGGAAGUUGAUAAAAAAGGUCUGCAAAUGCAUAGGCUUCAAAGAUCACCUAUAAAAUUACAAUGGUAUGCUGUGGAUUUGGAUUUAACCAAAAAGGAAACUAUUGGUUAUAUGGUUCUUGAUAUACGCUUGGCACAAGAGAAACUGGAGGUAAUCUUCUAUACGUGUUUGAUUAAAUUGUAGUUAAACUGAAGAUAA